GGCCCAUAACCAUUUUCCAGAAUAUUCCCUUCUUCCUCAUCUUUCUCAGUUUCCUUUAUUUCUUUUCAUUGCUUCAAAGAGAAAACCCUAACAAGAAAAAAGGCCCAUAGAUAUCAAAAUAUUGAGAAAAGACAUGAUUUUUUCUUUGUUCUAAAUUAUUCUUUAAAGCCCUUGGGAGAAUAACCCUUCUGCAUAAAAUGGCCACACCAUUCAUAGCAGGACUUACUGUUGCUACUGCUGCAUUGGCGGGAAGGUAUGGCAUCCAGGCUUGGCAAGCGUUCAAGGCCAGACCACCCACUGCAAGAAUGAGAAAAUUUUAUGAAGGAGGUUUUCAGCCUAAAAUGACGAGGAGGGAAGCUGCUCUUAUUCUUGGAGUCAGGGAAAGCACUCCAGCAGAUAAAGUGAGGGAGGCACAUAGGAAGGUGAUGGUAGCCAACCAUCCAGAUGCAGGGGGCAGCCACUACCUUGCUUCUAAAAUUAAUGAAGCAAAAGACAUAAUGCUUGGAAAGACUAAAAACAGCGGUUCUGCAUUUUAAUUUCAACGGAGUCUCUUUAGAUGUUACAAAACGCAUGGUAACUGGAGGCGGAUCAUGCUUUCCGGCACUAGACUAAAAUUUUAAAGUGAAGUGGAUUAUCUAUUUUUGACCAAAAGGAUGUACAUUAGUUAGCUAGAGAAGGCAACAUUUGUCGGUUGUACGAGUUCACUAAAUGUGAAGAAAUUCCAGGCAAGAGUGUUGAUCUAUUAAGUACUUUAUCAAUUGAUGCGACAGAUUCAUGGUUAAUAAUGUGUUGGUUUCUUCUUUGUUUGGAUGCUGGAAACAAGCGCGAUAUCGAAUUAUGGUGAUACAAACCUGAUAGUUCAUGAAUUCUUCCAUUAUCUUUAUGUAAUUUAUCAAUUGAUGAGACAGAUUCAUGGUUAAUAAUGUGUUGGUUUCUUCUUUGUUUGGAUGCUGGAA